AUGGACGUUACAACACAAUUCGGCUAUGCAUCGGUCAACCGAUCGAUAAACCUGCAAUGGGUGUACAUGGUUGAAUGGGUAAUAGCUCUUCUUGGUUCCAUUGGAAUACUAUUCUACUUCAAUCGCUUAAUGGGCUCAAUAUUGUCAUUCUUGUUGAAGUAUAUUCUAUGGAAGCGACACAAGAUACGACUGAAAGUUCAAUCAUACAAAGUCUCCUUUCUCGGAGGACGACUUUUCUUCAAAAAUGUCACGAUUAUAACCAAAAACGAGAUGAUCUUAAUUCAUCAAGGGUGGCUCACAUGGAGAUAUUGGCUCACAUCCGUGCGCCAGUCUGGAUUUGUGACCGAGCCUGAAAAUACAAAAAACGGGCUACUUCCAACACGGUUGCUGAUGGAAAUCUAUGGCCUUGAGGUUUUUGUUUACAACCGAAUGAAUGUUUACGAAGAGUUGCUGGAAAAGCUGAAUAGGGAGUCCAGUCAUGCUGAAAAGCAAUCGUACUCUACAAGUCACAGCAGCGAAAGUAGCAGCGAUCAAAAUACAAUCAACGACUCUGAAGAAUCGGGAGAGCGCUAUGUCCCACAAUUUAUCAAAUUGCUUCCCCUCAAGGUCUUGAUUAAACAAGGCGGAUUUGUAAUAGGCAACCAAACAACGACAUCCCUUUUGGUUGGAUCAUACACAUCCUUGGAAGGACUUUUUGAUUUUCUUCGGCCAGCUUCGAAAUACGAUAAGCGUAGGGUUGAUCACGAUAUUAGGGCAAACCAGCUGCAAUUGUAUCUUAAGCCAAAUGUUUCAUACGAAGGUAUGGAUCAGAUCACAAAAGAAUUUAAUGGGGAGCAAAAUCAUAAAUUCAAGAGGUUUCUUGAGAAAUUGGGACUGUAUCAUAAUGGUUCCAGACAAGAUAGCCAGAAGACUAAGGAGGAAGAGCUGCAUCGUUGGCGCGGUCUUGAAAGAUACUUGUCCUACGAUAGUUCGAUGUUGAGUUCUUUUGACGAAAGCACACCUUCGGAGAAGAAAGAAGACGCGCUCGUGUUCUCACAGUCCGAGUACGCUCGGUACACUCAUGUUUUCGACUCCGACUACGUUGAUAUCCAUUAUUACUACGACAUUCCAGGGAAUACGCCAGCAUCUGCAGCCAAUAUCUCCGCUGGUGAACCAGAUGUUGGAAAUGGCGAAGCACCUCCAGCGAACAACAUUGACAUAUCGGUUUCAGAAGGAGUUAUUCACUACGGACCGUGGGCUGAAAAAGAGCGUGCUCUUUUACAUCAAAUGCUGUUUCCUUCUGUCUGCAGGGACGCUGAGCCGAUGAGCCGUCCCAAAGCAGGAUCAAAAAGGCGAUACGAAGGAUUCAAACUAUUUAUUGAAAGUGUCGACGACCUGGUGCUACGGAUUCCGUUUAGAGAGAGCAGCAAAGAUAUUCUUUAUUCCAACAGUGACAGCUCUCCAAAUCAGCUAGAGCGCAGACCGUUUGGGUGGUUGGAACUCAAGGUGGGACAAAAUUCCACCUUUAAUAUUUCAACCUCGUACAUCCCCAGCGCAGAGAGUGGAUGGUCAAAUAAGUUUCACGUGGAUUUUAAUAACCCAGUCAUCUCUUCCAGUGUGAAUCAUGAGGUGUUUUUCAAAGCCAUGAAACACACUAUAAAUGCAGAUGUAGGGUAUCCUUUGCAAUGGAAUGGCGCUGCAACCUGGAGUUUCCAAAAUAGGUCUACGAAUGCUGAACUAUACUUGCUUAGGGAGCAUAUUGAGUUACUCACAGACAUGUUUGGGGAUUUUAGCUCUGGAAAUCCAACUCCUUAUGAGCUAUUCCGUCCCUUUUUCUAUAAGAUCAGUUGGAAGGUUUACAACUACAACAUCUCUCUCAACUUGAAUGAAAAGAAUAUUGUUAGCCAUCCUUUAGACUACAAUGACAACAUAUACGUUUCAUUUUGUGGAUCCGAGCUGGAUUUAGCCGUCGGCAUUCCUUUAGAUACGGUGUAUCGAAAGUCGACGUUUUUUGACUACAAGCUCAACACCACUUUUGAUUUGGCUGUUCAUUUCCCACCAUGGCAUACAGGUUAUAAUUUCCUGCGAAAGAAAGAGGUUGGAAGAGCUAAUAACUUUGAGAUGUCGGGAUCAUUCACCUAUUUCAAUGUGAUCGACAUAGAUACAGUUGACAACAUUGUAGUCAAUUGCGUUUGUGAGGAUACAACGCUUGAAUGCUAUGGAUUUAUCAUCAAGUAUGUGUUGCUUCUCAAAGCCAACUAUUUUGGGGAAGACAUCAACUUCCAGACCCUUGGAGAAUUUCUCGAAGAUAUGAACGACAAGUCUGGUGAAAAACCAGCACCAGAAGAGUUCAAGCCGUUCGGAAUAAAACUACGAAACGAGACGGACCUUCAUUUUUCUUUUUGCGUUAAAAAUGGAUGCCUCGUCUUGCCAGCACAUAAUUAUGACUGCGAAACACAUGUUGCACUUCAUUUCGAAAGCCUGGACAUUGAUCUCCGAUUCAAUAAUUACUACAUGGAUCUCCAAGCUAACUUCUCAGAGAUAUAUGGGCGAUCGUUGGAAAACGCUGACGAGGACAUGAUUUUUAGUACCACCUCCAAACAUGUGAAAUUUGAUCCUCAGCUCUUUAUUGAUCAUCUUCCAGUGCAUGGCCAUAGAGCUUUUGGGCUCCCCCCAGAUGAACCAACUUAUUAUUGCAGGUGGGAUUUCCAUCCAGGACAGAUAGUCGUUGAAUCAGAGCCCAUUUUUCUUGACAUUGUCCGCCGUUCUUUUGGGUCACUUGCGGUAGGAUACAAUGACUCAGAGAAUUCUUUAGACCUUCCUGAGGAGGUGAUUUUUGAUAUGUUGAAUUUGUCUUUCAGCUGUCCCGAAAUUCUGCUGAAAAUCAAUGGUCCUUCUUAUGGUCUUUCAGUUCAAUUGGAAACGUUACAUCUAACUAUUUCUGAUCAGUCGUCUGCUACAUACAAUAGCAGAAUCAAUUUCAAAAUUGAGAAUAUUGUCUUACAAGGUGUCAACGACACUGACACUGUCAUGGAUGUGAGAACAUCUGUGUACGCUAGUGACUUUGUUAAAAAGCCAGACUUUGAUACUCGCAAAGAAGCACAAAGAGCGCAUAUUAAGAUUCAUGACGCGCCUUUCCACAGAUGUCCAUUUUUGCUUUCACCAAGUGAUAGAGAUAAAACAUACCAUGAAAAUUAUGGAGGUUUGAGGCCUUUCCUCAAUUUCCCUGAUGUCCCUCCACCUCUCAACACGAAUUCGGUAGACUUGUUGAUCCUAAGCUAUCCUGAACGAUUGAAGGCUUCCCUGAGAGAUGACGAAAACUCUGAUUCAUCUUCAUUUCCAGGUGGUAGCAUGUCUUGUGCAGUGGACUCGUCUCCUAAAAUCUCCCCGGAAAACGACGGUUUUGAAGUUGAUUCCAUAGUAUGCAGUUUUGGUACAAUUGACGGAUACAUUGAUCCAAAAAUCGCUUUGGUAUUGAGUUACAUUAUUUCAAAUAAGGAGGCCAUUUCUGUCACCAAUGUAUUGGAUGAAAUUCAAAAUGACUUUAUUUCUCACUUGACAAAGAAACAUGCUACAAAUUUCCAGAAAGUCAACAUAAAGGCUCUGAUGCCAAUGAUCACUUUGAAAGUGACAGACUCGAGAUUUUCUGAAAAUUGCGUUGACAUCAGUAUAUCCAAUCCAGCAUUUACUGCUGCAAUUAAACCAGAAGGCGGUCUGGACUCUUUUGCAGCAGAUAUUUCUGGGCUCUCGAUCCAGAUAUUAAAAAGCGGCAGGUCUGUUUGCAGUCUCGACGCGACGAAGCUCAAGACUGAUCUAUUCAAUAGCAAACUGUCAACCAGUGUCAUGAUCGAUGAAGAGCAUUUGUACUUCGAUGUGGAUCCGACAAACCUCCAAUGGGUUGAGAAUUAUAUCUCCAUUUUGUCUGAUCCAAUAAAGACGGCACUAGCAAAAAUCUCUGAAGCCAUGGCAAAUAGUGCCAAGGCCAAGAUUGACACCGUAUAUUCCCUUUCUAAAGGCGGAACGGAUUACUCUGUGCGCCACGAUCCAUCUUGUAUCACCAAGCCGUCUUACAUUAGCAAAUUUUCCGACGAGCACAUCCGGCGUGAAGACAGCUGGAAGAUUAUUACCAGAAUCAGACAUAUUGCUUACAACUUGCCCAAAAGUUGGCACGCCGUUACACAGAAAAGAUUCGACGAACAUUCUUGGAAUGCCCCGGAAGACGCCAAAGAAACGGUGUUCGAUAUAUUCCUCAAUUGGAGAAGAUGGGAGUUCAGUAACAUCUCCAGCAGCUAUGUUUUGAUGAGUGUGUUUGGAGAUACCACUUCCAGGGUUGAGCAGAAGUCAUUCUCUCUGACGGCGGCACUAUCAACAUCGAAACUUAAUGUUCAUCCUUUCAAAAAUUUGGUGGUGAUUGAAAACCUGGAACUCGCAUUAAGCAAAGAAAAGCUGUCGGAAGAGUUAUACCAAAUGGCCACCGAGCUCUCUAUGAUAAAUGUUCAUGAUCAGAUAAAUGUUGGAGUCUCCAUCGGAGCCCUUAAUACCAGUAUCAGUUCCAUGAAGAAAUCAAUUCCCUAUAUCAACGAUUUGGUUGCCAAUAUGGCGUCAAAAGCAAAUACAAAACAAGUCGUUGAAAUUACAAACAAAUCAGAGCCAGAUCCGAUCUUUUUCAGCACAAACAUUCUGUUUAAAGAGUUUUCCCACCAGGUUGCAAUUGAUAGAUCUUCGGUCAAUGUCCGGGGUAGUAAUUCUGUGUUAACGAUGUCCGGUAUCAAAACUUCGAAGGAUCUAUUCUUUGCUAUGCUAUGCAACAAUACAACGCUUGGGAUUGAUAUUAUGCUCGAUAAAAUGAAGAUAGCGCACCUCAAUUGCUUUGAAAAUUCGCUGCUUGUCUCCAAGGCAAGGUCAACUGAUCAUGGACAGAUUUAUGUGGACUUGUCUACCUCAAAUAUCAAUGUUUCCGCAGGGUCGGGGUCAGACUUCUACCUAAAAGCUCUAGACGUGCUUAUAAAUGAAGAAUAUGAAGUUUUGGCCCCACUGAUCAACAAUUUGAGACAAAGCCAAGAAAUUGAAUCUCAAAGACAAGAAUCCCCUGUUACUGAAUCAAGCAAUGGACUUUUUGCUGAACUGAAAGGAAAAGUUACGGGUAGUCUAUUUGUCUCAAAACUUUCUUUGCAGCUUGAGGUUCUGUCACCGAUUCUUUAUAAAAUGGACGUGCAGGAUAUUGCGUUUGAAUUUUCAGCUUCAGAUCGGGGUGCAACGUCAAAUCUUACAGUUUCUCGCAUCAGGUCAAGAAUACUUUCCACUUCUACAUUGCAGCAAGUGCAAUUUGGUACCGUUUCUGUUGGAACUUUGAAAGUUUUGACGAGCUUUAUUGAGAAGUACGGUAGAUUUGAUGUAUUUGCCCAGGUGCAUGCAGAUCAACUUGGAAUCAAUUGCUCGCAGCGCAACUUCAUCUAUUUGGCGAAACUUGCAGAAACUGAUUACGGUGUUGCGGAGGAGUACUUUAAGAAAUUCAGGUCAAGGUUCCAUAAUCUAUCUCAAUUGUUGGGCUGCAAAAGCAAUCACGUGUCCAAAUCAAGUGAUUCUUCCUUCAUUGUGAAGGCCGCUGUUGCUGUUGCUCUGAACAACUUCUCGUUCACAUGUCUUCUCAACGAUAAUCGGGCAUUUCUCGAUUGUGGCAAGAUCACAAUGAAGUUUGCCACCUCUGAUUUCAAUUACACUGGAAACAAACCUCAAGGAUUCCUAAAGCUUCCCUCCAUGAGAUUUAGUAUGCUUUCUCAUGGUCCUCAGACCUCAAGAUUUACUAUAUGUGAUAUCAAUUUGGAACUGAAAGGAUCGACGUCCGUUUCAAGUGAGCAAAAGCUCCACGAGGUUGAAUUAAUCAGUGAUCAUUGCAGAUUUGUGUUGGAUUCUCACUUCACUAGAGAACUCCUUGAUGUUUAUUUCGACUUCCAAAAGAAAUUUAAUACCUACAAGUUCCCUCGCAAACCUGCACCAAGACAGAACGUUAGCGCGGAGGCAAUAUGGGAUCUUUUGAGUUUCUAUUCGAUCCGAAUAGUGUCCAAAAAUAUGUGUAUUGGAUGGCUGCUUCCAAAACCAGAAAGAACGCUGUCAAAUUCGUCGGACAUACCCGGCUUUAUUGUUGGUUACGAAAAAGCUGAGAUUGUAUGCAGCACAAAAACGGGAAAUGUGCUUGUCUCAAGCCUGUAUUUGGCAACUGCCCACGGGAAUAAUUCCAUGAACUUUUAUUCCACCAGCGACGAAAGUUUGAGUGCUAAUAGGGCAUAUUUCCCUAGAUUUGAGCUUGAUUAUCAGGUUUCCCAGACGGCCAAAGGCAGAGAUAUUGAUGCCGAGCUUCAUGGUGAUAAGGUUGAUUUUAAGCUGGAAACUACGCUUUUUUCUGUGGCGGAUCGACUAGCAUGGUCCGUUGUUCAUGUUCAAGAAAAGUUGGAAACUAUGAUUUCUCACGAAAUCGCACAUUCCGAAACAGCUGACGGCUCGCCAACGCUCUUUUCCUCUAUACACUCGAACUUGAGGCUUAUUGGUUGUAUCUUUGCAUUUAAUGGUGCUUCAAUCAUGAUCAUCAAUCCUGCAACGGACCCAAACCAUAAGCCUACAUCGUUAUGUCUCCAGGCGCCAUCCGUAAGGAUCGCGACAGAGUACAUCAGAUGCCGUGACUCAGUGAAGAAGCACGUUGUUUCAAUACAGGCUGUCACUUCGAGUACAGACAACGCUUUGUCAGCAUCCUGUGUUCCCGUGAUUGUCAGUCUUGUUAAAAGUGUGAAGUCCUUUGCAAAUAGAAACCAUGCAAAGAAAAGAAAGCUUCCUGCAACGCGAAAACCAGAAGAAAGACGUUUAUCGGUGGGAGAGAAGGAGUCGGUUGGUGUUAGCUUGGAGCGCAUCUUUGAGAAAUUCAAGAUCAACUUCUCGCUCAAGGUUGAGCCUCAGCGACUCACGCUGAGUUGUGAGCCAAGUGCCAAAGUCGAGGCCGCGGUCUCUACUAAUGGACUAUUUUGGCAUUUCAAUACCGAUACAGACUUGAUCACCACUACUAUCUGUAUCGAACAACUAAGAGCAAAGUUACAUCACGUCUACUCGAAGGAAACCAGCGGCUCUUUAGGGAUCAAUGACAUUCUUUUAUCUGCAACUGUUGCCAAAGCAGACGGUGUUAAGACAAUGUCGAAUACGUCAAAGAUUUCAAACAUUGACUCGUAUUUAAACAUACAGCAGAGACAGGACGUUGACAUUUUCCGCGAAAUCUGGCUACCAUCCGAACUCUACAAAGUAUCUGUUGAGAAGCCACAACAGAGCGAAGAUUUGUCACUCCAAAAUAUUGCAGCGAGAGUCAAAGACAUGUCGGACACCACGGUACUUCCCUGGAUCCUCACUCUUCUGGUGGGGAAGGUAAAACUAAAGGUGGAUCUUGGGUUUUCGCUUGGAACGCUGGACGUGGAAGCCGACAAAUGCUGGGUCAAAUCCACCAAGGUCACCAACAGGGACCAAAACCUGAAGUUAGAAUUGGGUCAACUGAGAAUCACGUCAGAAGGAAGACUUGGAGGGCUUCUGGUUGUUGAAAGGGCUAGAAUGGCUUCCGCCAUCUCAUGGUCGAAAGAAAGAGGAAUGGAAAAUAUUCCACUUGUUUUCCUGUCCGCCGGAUUCCGGUCGUUAGAAACGAAAAUCUCUCUUGACUAUCACAUAUUCUGCAUAGCAGUGAUUACCAAGGCGAUGGCUUCCAUAUAUAACAAGAGCGUGGACAACAAUGCAGACAAGUUGGUUGGAAAAACCUCUAUGGAAUCUUUGAAUGUUUACAUGACGGCUUUGACUGCUUCCAAUUUCGUGGACAUUUAUACCAUUGGAUUGCGAAUUCGACAGGAUAUCAAGAUCUCGUACCAUCAAACUCUCAAUGAUGCUUUGGAUGAUCAGACAGAAUCCUUCAAGGACUCAAUGAGACCUUCGGAGUCGUCUCUGUCCUUACCUGCUUCGCGCAAAACGGACAGUUCGAGCUCAAGCACGGUCAAGACAGUGGAAAUGUUUUUGGACGUGAUCGACGAGUUCUACACUGACUUGGAUGUCCGGAUCGGGUCAAUGCAGUUACAAAUUUUCCCAAGUAGUCUGCUAGACACGCAGGCGCUGGUUAUCAGGGUUGGAGCUUCGAGGGCCAAGUUUGAGCAAAUUAAAACGAGUAUCAUGGAAAACAAGCUGGACAUGAAUCUUGACAAUUUCACAGUGGCUCUUUCAUCUUUCAAAACAAAGCCUACAGAGGCCUCACUCAGAGAACCAGGAGUUCGGAGCUAUGCCAAACUUGCAAAUACUGCCGUUGGUGGCAGCAUUUUUGUGUUUCCUUCGCUGAACGUUUACAUGGAUGCAUUCCAGCCUCCAGGCUCAAAUUUAGUCAAGUUCAAAUUUAGCAGCUCCUUUGGAGGAAACGUUGACGUCAGGUGGAAGCUGGGCUCUGUCUACUUUAUUAGAGAGAUGUGGUAUUCCCAUGCAACAACGUUGAAGACUCGUCUCACGGCGUUGCGUAUUUUCACUUCUGGCUACGGAACGGACUUCGACGAUCUGCUGGAGGAGAAUUACAAGGAGUCGAUUUUCGAGGCCGUCAACUUGGAGGAUAGGCUAAAGGACGUGGAGUCUGACGAAAAGUACGUUUAUGUUCCUCUGGAGGAGCCGCACAUCGAAACUCCUAGACUACGUGAUUUGGGGAAUGCCACGCCUCCGCUGGAAUGGUUUGGACUGCAUAGAAACAAGUUCCCUAACCUCACGCACCAGUUUGUGAUCGUGGGAUUACAACAAUUGGUCAAAGAGGCCGAAACUCGAUAUGCCAAUGUUUUGAAGUGAUUGUGUCAAUAACUCUUGGCCUUACUGUUCCACCUAUAUCGAUAAACCGUUAUAGAUAUCAAUUAUCC